CAUUUGACUAUCGAUAGACCAAGCUCCAACAGAGACAUCGAUAGCAGUCGGUCACACUACUCGCAGAACACCUGAGUAAAGGCAGUCCAGUGUCGCGACCCGAUUGCGAAACAACGAGAGAGAGAAAUAUAAAUAUCAUUUCGCACUCACGAACGGUGACGAAAACGCCAACGACGCUUGCAUAAUGAAAAUCUGGACGUCCGAGCAUAUCUUUAACCAUCCGUGGGAGACGGUUACACAGGCGGCAUGGCGCAAAUAUCCAAAUCCCAUGACACCCUCAAUCAUUGGCACCGAUGUGGUUGAGCGCAGAGUAGUUAACGGUGUGCUACACACACAUCGAUUGGUUCAAUCCAAAUGGUAUUUUCCGAAAUGGACGCAUGCGUUAAUUGGCACCGCCAAGACGUGCUUUGCCAGCGAACGCUCCACAGUGGAUCCCCAGCGCAAGCAGAUGGUCUUAAAGACAAACAAUUUAACAUUUUGCCGUAACAUAAGUGUCGACGAGGUGCUCUACUAUGAGCCGCAUCCCACUGAUUCAAGCAAGACCCUGCUCAAGCAGGAGGCGACAGUAACUGUCUAUGGUGUCCCGCUAUCACACUAUAUGGAAGAUUUACUAACCUCCACAAUCAGUUCGAAUGCGGGCAAGGGUCGUCAGGGCCUCGAAUGGGUAAUUGGCCUCAUCAAUACGGAAGUGAAGAGCAUAGCCGAUUCGGCUGCACGCGGCACAGACGAACUAAUACACAGUACGCGGCGAUCCAUCGACGAGGUCACAGAGAGUGCGCGAAAGAGUAUGGACGAGAUUGGUGCCCAGGCAGCCAAGGCGGCGAAAGCAAUGCACAUAACAUAGAUGUAUAUAGAAAAGGCGGUUAGCUCCAUGCGUAUGUGGGGACUGUUGGGCGUAGUGAAUAGGAAUUUACCGUAGUAGGCGCAACGUCGGGUACGCUGCUUUGUAGUACAGCAACAACAACAACAAUAACAAACAAACAAACGGUACAUAGAUGCAACAAUUACAACAACAACAACAACAAAAACACCAACAACAAAGCAGCAGAACGAACAAUAAGAAUAAUCAAUUACAAUAUUUUCUCCUUGCAAAAAGGCAAGCGAAAUAUUUUAUUCGUCUGCUUUAAUAUAUUUUUUGUAAAGCAAUUAAAAAAAAAAAAUAAGCAAAUUGAAAAAAAUCAAAAAAUUGAAAUGCGAAACUUUUCCCAUGGUUAUCAGUCAAGUGCGCGUUGUUGUUUUUUUUAAUGUUUUUUUUUUAGAUUGGGCCAAUGUACAAAGCCGAUAAGGCUGGCAGCCAGGCAAUGACAACACCAACACACCAGCAUAGUAGCAAAUUUAUUUAUUUAAAAAUAAAUAUAUAUAUAUAUACACAUAUAGUUUGUAAUAUGCAAAAAAUUAAAAGAAAAAAAAAAUCGAAAUCGAAAAAAACACCACAUAAAUCGAGCACUAAAUAAAUGUCAACAAAACGCUCAAGUAAAAUACAUUUUCAAGUGUACAACACGCUUUUCAUUAUUUCAAUAUAAAUAUGUUAUAUAUGCUUGCAUAUAUUGCUUAUUUGGCUGCCAACUAUCAUCGCUGAUGACCGCUAAAUUGAUCGGAAUACAUGCACAUAAAUACAUACAUACAUACAUACAUAAAAUGAAAUCAAGAUAAGCCAAAUGUGCAGCUGUGUGAGUGCACACGUUUUGAUAGCGUCUUUAUUUCCCUUCUUUUUGUUUCGGAAAGCUUUUUGUGAUGUUUGCUGCAUGUGAUUCGCAGCAGUUGCUAUACGAAUCCGACGGCAACAACACAAGCGCAGAGCUAAAAGCUCUUCUCUUGCUGCUUUAUACCCUGCACAGUGAUGAGCGCGUGACAUACAAUUAAACAUAGGCAGCUUUGUUGAACAAUACAUUUGUAUAAAGAAAUAUGUAUAUUAUAUAUAUGAAUAUAUGCCAAAUGAUUACAAAGUGUAAAAGGCAUUCUAUUGCCAAAAUAAAAUCAACUAAUCAUGGCAUUAAAUACUAAAAACAAAAAAGAAAAGAAAAUUGUCGCUGGUUCAUGGUUCAAAUCAAUGCCUAGCUUUUAAGUUCAGUUCGUCAACAAGGUUUUAACAUUCGUUGAAUGAGGUUCCAGUUCCAAUUUUAUAUAACGUCAAAAUAGUUUUUGCUAAUUAUUUCACAUAUUUGUACCUAUGGAAAUUUGUAAUAUUCAAAGUAUUUAUCAAAAAUAAAGUCAUCGCUAUGAAAGCUAUAUAAAA